UACUUGCAACCGGCAGCAAAAUAGUUUAUAACAUUUAGCCUAUGGCCUGGAAUCCGUUUAAACUCUAGGCCUCCUCUAAGUAUAAGCUCCUCCAAAUGGUGAACAUAUCCACCAUUAACUGGCUCUUCGUCUGCGGCCUGUCCUUCUGCCUGGGCGGGAUUGCGGUGCUCAGUUUCAUGCCGCUGGGCUCGGACUGCGUGUGUCCGCUGUCCAAUCCGCUGGGCAGGCUGAUGGGCGCCGGUGAAGGUGGAGGAUCGGUGGUGCAGAAGCAGCCGUCGGCGGAGAAGCUACAGCAGCCCCAUGACCAUGGUGCAUCUCCCCACAAGAUGGCACUGCUGGUGCCGUUCCGGGAUCGCUUCGAGGAGCUCCUCCAGUUCGUGCCGCACAUGACAAAGUUCCUGCGGCGCCAGGGCGUGGCGCACCACAUCUUCGUGCUGAACCAGGUGGACAGGUUCCGCUUCAAUCGCGCCUCCCUCAUCAACGUGGGCUUCCAGUUUGCCAGCGACGUGUACGACUACAUAGCCAUGCACGACGUGGACCUGUUGCCGUUGAACGACGAUCUGCGCUACGAGUAUCCCAGCAGCUUGGGCCCGCUGCACAUUGCCGGCCCGAAGCUGCAUCCAAAGUAUCAUUAUGACAACUUUGUCGGGGGCAUCUUGCUGGUGCGGCGGGAGCACUUUCAGCAGAUGAACGGCAUGUCCAACCAGUACUGGGGCUGGGGACUGGAGGACGAUGAGUUCUUUGUGCGCAUCCGGGAUGCAGGACUCCAGGUGACGCGGCCGCAGAACAUUAAGACUGGCACAAAUGAUACAUUUAGCCAUAUCCACAACCGUCAUCAUCGCAAGCGGGACACGCAGAAGUGCUUCAACCAGAAGGAGAUGACCCGCAAGCGGGACCACAAGACGGGCCUGGACAACGUAAAGUACAAAAUACUCAAGGUGCACGAGAUGGUCGUGGACCAGGUGCCGGUGACCAUCCUCAACAUUUUGCUCGAUUGUGAUGUUAAUAAAACGCCGUGGUGCGACUGCUCCGGCACGGCGGCCGCUGCCUCGCCGGUACAAACCUGAUAAUGGGUUGUGUUAAACCAAA